GGCCUGCCUCUUCUUCUCCAGCUAUUGGUGCUUCUGGCCGCUCGGCUCCACCCCAGCCCGCCAUGGCGUCAGCCGCCUCAACCCGGGGGAGGAGGUUCCCACUUUAAGAAGUGAAGUUUUCCUCCCCCUCCCCCUCCUGCCCACCUCCUGCCGCCUCCCGCGCCCCGCGGGGCCGCGGAUGGAGCUCCGCCGUGGCGGCGUGGGAAGUCAGGCUGCGGGCCGGAGGAUGGAUGGGGACUGCCGCGAUGGCGGCUGCGGCAGCAAGGACGCCGGGUCGGAGGACUACGAGAACCUACCGACCAGCGCCUCGGUGUCCACCCACAUGACAGCGGGAGCGAUGGCCGGGAUUCUGGAGCACUCCAUCAUGUACCCGGUGGACUCCGUGAAGACACGGAUGCAGAGUUUGAAUCCAGAUCCCAAAGCCCGGUAUACAAGCAUCUAUGGCGCCCUCAAGAGGAUCAUGCACACUGAAGGCUUCUGGAGGCCGCUUCGGGGCCUGAACGUGAUGAUGAUGGGUGCAGGGCCGGCGCACGCCAUGUAUUUUGCCUGCUAUGAAAACAUGAAAAGGACUUUAAAUGACGUUUUCAGCCACCAAGGAAACAGCCAUCUAGCUAAUGGGAUAGCUGGGAGUAUGGCCACCCUACUCCACGAUGCAGUAAUGAAUCCAGCAGAAGUGGUGAAACAACGCUUACAGAUGUACAACUCACAGCAUCAGUCAGCCCUCAGUUGUAUCCGGACAGUGUGGCGGACCGAGGGGUUGGGGGCCUUCUACAGGAGUUACACCACACAGCUGACCAUGAACAUACCCUUCCAGUCUAUCCACUUCAUCACCUAUGAGUUUCUGCAGGAGCAAGUCAAUCCUCGCCGGGACUACAACCCACAGUCUCACAUCAUCUCAGGAGGCUUGGCCGGUGCACUGGCUGCAGCUGCCACCACCCCGCUGGAUGUCUGCAAGACCCUCCUCAACACGCAGGAGAACAUGGCACUCUCCCUGGCCAAUGUCAGCGGCCGGCUGUCAGGCAUGGCCAAUGCCUUCCGGACGGUGUACCAGCUCAACGGCCUUGCUGGGUACUUCAAAGGCAUCCAGGCUCGAGUCAUCUACCAGAUGCCUUCCACCGCCAUCUCCUGGUCUGUUUAUGAGUUCUUCAAGUAUUUUCUUACGAAGCGGCAGCUGGAGAAUCGAACUCUGUACUAAAGGAACGGGGCAGUGGGAAGUGGUUCCGGCAUCUUUUGUUCCAGCUUCAUCCUCUUGUUCUUGCACCCAGGUCUGGUCCUGAAGGGUGCUUGCGCCGGGCCCUUGGUUCCCUGGUGCCUUAGAAAGGGAGGACCGGCCUCCACUGACCAGCACGCUGUCUGUGGGGACAUCUGAGGUGGUGGUAGGCGGGAGAAACUUGGGGAAAGGGAGAAGUUGUUUUUUUCUCCUUCUUCCUUGAGAGUAAUGUAGCUUUUCUGCCUCACUGUGGUCUUCUCCCUAGAUCUUUAGAUCACACCGAAGAGGCAAACAGUGACACAGUAAAGAAAAAGUUUAUGUACAUAAAAGUACCAUUACCCAGUCUGAAAUAGGUGGAUAAUGUUUAUCCUUUAUUUUUUUACAUAGAGAUUUUUGAAAUUGUGUGUGCUUGUGUGUGUCCAUAAAUAAUACUAGAGCUGGGAAUGAUGGACUUUUUUGUUUUUUUUGUUUUUUGUUUUUUAAAUAAGAGAGUUGAAUUCUUCCAUCAUGAGAAGUAAAACAAACAACAAAAAACACAAGGAAAAAAGGCACCAAAGUAAUAAGUGGCUUUAUGUGGCCUGAAAUUGUGUGUAGCGCCCCUCCCAUGGGAGUUUAACUUGAAUGUAAAAUAAUAAAUACAAAGUUUAUAUUUUGAAUUUCUCUUUUCAUGGGGAAAAAAGGUACGUUGAAAACAAAUCAAAAUAGUCUAUCACUUGGAGCUGUUUUUAAAAAAUACAGUCACCCUCCCUCCCCCCCCCCCCGCGUGCCUUUCUGUCUUUUCUAAGACUUCCAGGACCAAAAAUAGGGUCCUGGAGCAUUUUCCUCCCUCUGUGGACACCCCCCAUACAGUCCUCAGCAGCCUGGCUGUCCCAGUACAAUAAGAAUGACUGGCCAUAGCCUUCCGUGUGAGUGAUGUGAAUGUGCGCCUCCCUGGUCAGCUCUUAGCACUAGAAAUGCCACCAUCUGCCUAGUGACUCGGUGAGACAAUUCCUGCCUUUGUCUUAGGACUAAUUUCUGUAAGCAGCCUCCUUCUUGGGCACUUCUGCUAACCUGGUCUAUAAAUCUUUAUAUCCCUCCCCUGUCGACCCAUUUCCCCUGCAGUCUAGGGUUUUUGGGUGUUUCUGUCACUCGUCUGUCCAGUUGCAUGACUUUAACAUCAUAGCCUCUCACUACCCUGAGGCCAGCCCUCCAGCCGGGACUGAUGCCUGCCCGUGACCCUCUGCCCCUCCAGAGCUGCCCAGCAGCCUUGUCUCAUCUUGUGUCACUUAAGAACCUACAUCCUCUCUGCUUUAUCUUCUGAAAUGGAGCCAGACCAUCUCAGAGAAAACACAAGCCUGUGUUUGUGUUGUCCUGUCUCCCUCUUCCAGCUGUCUCUGAGUAAGCAGGGAAGACACUUGUGUUUUCAUUUCCGUGGCCCUGGUUUCCUUUGGAAGCCAUGACUAGCAUGUUCCCUCCCUGAAGAGGCUUAGAGCUUGAGUUCCCAUGGAUGGUCAUGCUGCCUGGGAAGAAAUUCAGCUUGUGCUUGGAGAAUUUUCAUCUUGUGCCUAUGUACCACUCACUCAGUGGUUACAGACUUUUGGUUUUGUCCAGCAAAGUUACACACGGGUCAACUGACCUCCUCCCCCUCCCCCUCCCCCUCCCCCUCCCUCUCCUUUUCCUUCUUCUUCUUCCUCCUCCCUCAAGUACUUCCAUGUGCUCCAUGAGGGCUUCCUGGCUGGUUGCAAGUUUCUGUCUUACUGAUGUCCUGGGCUGGCUGUCAAAUUGUAGAGUCCAAAGUCAAAUUUAAAUCAAACCCUAAACUAUUCCUACACCACCCUUUGAUACAUUGGUGACUAAUCCUGCUUCAAAGACAAUAUUUUCCCUUGGAGUUUUUUUUUACAAUUAUCUAAUACUGGGGUAGCCCCUUCGGUCAGGGACUUGUAAGGUAGGACCAAGACUUCAGGACUCUGUGGGUCCUGUCCUGGCUAUCCCCUCCCCAUGAUUGGUGGGUCUGCAGGAAGACAGCUUUUUAACCUGCCUGCCCAUCCAGUCAGCCUAAGGUUGAGCCAGUGAUGACUCUGUGAAAAAGUUGUUAAAAGUUGGGAAGCAUUCAACAAAAAUUCUGUGGGAGUCAGUCCCCUCUGCUUAGCUCCAAAGUUGAAAUUUUUCUUGAUCCCCCCACACAUGAUAGCCUGUGUGUUGAUUGUAAUUUUUGAUAUUGCAAAGUUCUAGAUAGGAAAAUGUUUCCCCUUCCAGUGACCAGAUUAGGAGAGUUAUAACCUAUCUUGGUCAUUGGCAUCUUUGGAGUGACAUCCAAGGAUGUACCAACCCACCUGGGUACAAUGAUAAUACUUUAGUUGUAUGUGUGCGUGGUGUGUGUGUGUAUGUAUGUUCAGGUCAUGUGACAGUCAACCAUUUAAUAGAUGUGUGUUAAUUUAUUAUAGACAAAUAUUGAUCUUUUAAAAAUGGGAUGCUCUUAAUUCAUGACUUUUUAAAGAAUUGGAUUAAAUAUAGCUACUUUUAUGUGUGCUUGUUCCCCUCCUCUGCCCCCCUCCUCAUGUCUUAUAACUAUUGCCUUCCAAUGUCACCCCAAGGCUGUAUCCCCAACAUACUGCUAUGCCAUUAAGGUUUUAUUUAACUUUAUUUAUGGAUAAUUGUGUCUGUGAACAACAAAUGCGCCGCUGCCGGUCGCACAGUGUGUGGGAUAAGAGUGGCCCAAUUUUGCUUUCUGGAUGUCUUAAAAAUGCCUGUGGUCAAGAUUGUUUUUGCCUUUGUGGCCUUUGUGUCUGGGGAGCAGCAGUGUGUUCACAUGCCUGAGUGUCUGUUGUGCUGCUACAGUUGUAACACUGGAGCUGGAGAAAAUAAAGCAUUGAUCCUCAAA